AUGGGAUUUCUUGAGUAUUUGGAGAUCGAAGAUUUUAAGUCUUACAAGGGCAAGAUCAAAGUUGGUCCUUUUCACAAGUUCACAGCGAUUAUCGGUCCAAAUGGUUCCGGUAAGUCGAAUCUCAUGGACGCCAUCUCUUUUGUUUUGGGCGAAAAGAGCAAGAACAUGCGAGUCUCGCGAGUUUCCCAACUCAUUCACGGUGCGCCAGUGGGAGAGCCUGUGUCCGACACAGCUCGAGUGUCUGCCUUGAUCAAGAUGGAAAACGAAGACGGCUUGCUUGAGUCGAUCGAGUUCGCCAGAGUCAUUAAAGACAACUCCACCCAUUUCUACAUCGACGGUUGCAGCGUGUCUGCGUCCGAUUAUCGCUCCAAGCUAGAGACGUUCAACAUUUUCAUCAAUUCUAAGAACUUUCUUGUCUACCAAGGCAAAGUAGAGGAAAUCGCGAUGAAGAAUCCAAAAGAGCGGAUGACGAUGUUUGAGGAAAUCUCUGGCUCUGCCGAAUACAAGCAAGAUUAUGAAAGAGCCAAGAUCGAGCAGCAGGAAGCGGAUGAGGCGUCGAAAGCGGCGCAUAUUAAGAAAAAGGGGAUUGCCCAAGAAAGAAAGGAAGCUCGGGAGGAAGUGGCGCAGGUGCAGCAAUACGAAAAACUGCAAGAAGAGCUCGAGGAAGCGCAAAUUCAAGAAAAGCUCUUUCAGCUGUACAUCAUCGACAAUGACCUGACAAAGUACAAGGAAGAGCUUAAAAUCCACAAGAAGAAGUUCGAAAAGGUGCAGAAAAAGAAAGGCGAUUGCGAGGACGAGAUCAAGAAAGAAAAGUCCGAAAUCGGCAAAAUCCAGCGGGAAGUCAACAGCGUCGAGAAAAAGUGCGAAGAAAAGCAAAACGCGAUUCAAGAGCUCAAGCCUGCGAUCAUCAAGGCUCGGGAAAACACAGCGCACACGGUGCACAAACUUGAAAUCGUGCAGAAACGUCUUGAUGCAGCAAUGAAGACGCAUGAGCAGAAACAAAGCAUCAUCAAGGGUCUCGAAGGGCAAAUGGAAGACCUGGAGAAUCGCCGAAAGCUAUUCGAAGAGCAAGCGAAAAUCGACGAAACUGAAAAGACCAUCCAGUUGCAGCAAAGCCAACUGACCCAAUAUCACCAGCUCAAAGAAAAGGUCAAGAUCAAGUCUUCCGAGCUCUUGGAUAAAAUCCGCCAGUAUGAGCGCGAGCAACAAAACGAUCAAGAAGCCAUCCAGCUCAAGGAGCGUCGCCAAAUGGACAUUCAACAAACUCUCAAAUCCAAAGAGCAGGAGCGAGAAGAGCACGCAAAGCGACUCGAAACACUCGACAACUACAACAAGCGGACAAGAGAUCAGCUGAGCCAACUGGAGACGCGGCGGGAAGCGAUUCGCGAAGAGGUCCAAAGCGCUGAUUCGCAAAUCGCAUCGCUAAACAAGGACCUCGAGAAAGUCAUCCACCAACUUGGAAGCGCAAAUGUCGAGAAAACAGAAUCUCGCCGGGCUCAGCGGCGAUCUGAGCUGGUCAAGAAGCUUAAGUCCUUGUAUCCAGGCGUUCUUGGCCGAAUCUCCGAUUUGUGUGAUUCUACUCACAAGCGAUACAACGUCGCGUUGACCAAAGUCCUUGGGAGGAACAUGGAAGCAAUCGUUGUAGAAGACGAGGCGACUGGAAAGCAAUGUAUUCAAUACAUGAAAGAGCAGCGAUGCGAACCCGAGACCUUCCUCCCACUUGAUUACAUCGAAACAAAGCCUCUCAACGAUCAGCUUCGUGAAAUCACCGAACCAAAGGGCGUAAAACUCGUCUUCGACGUGAUCAAUAUGAAAAAUCCCAACAUCCGAAAGGCGCUCAUUUACGCUUGCGGAAACUCCCUUGUCUGCGAAAACUCUGCCGAUGCGCGACUUGUUUCGUCUGGCGAGCUGCGCCGGCAUGCUGACAUUUUCCGCCGCCCGGAUGGGACUUGGAGGCGACAACAGGCUGUUUCUCUUGAUGGAACGUUGUUUCAAAAGUCUGGUGUUAUCUCUGGAGGUGCUACGGAUCUCCAGCGAAAAGCUGCGAAAUGGGAAGAAAAGGAGAUUGACUCUCUUCGAUCCAAACGCGAUGAUCUUGCGGAGCGGCUGAAAGAAGCCACAAAAUUGAAGCGAAAAGAACCGCUUCUUCAUCAACUUGAAACUCAAAUCACCGGGCUUCAAAACCGAAUCCACUACAACGAGAAAGAUAUCGAGAGCUCCAAGAAUCGAAGCAUUGCGGAAGUCUUGGAUGCGAUCAAAAAUCUCAAGCAGAAGAUUCAAUAUCUUCAGCCUGAAAUCGAAGAGAUCCAAGGAAGAAUGGCUGGUCGACAAAAGCGCAUGGACUCGUUGAAAUCUGAGCACGAAAAGGUUGAAGACGAAGUAUUCGUGCAAUUUUGCGUCGACAUUGGCGUCAAGAACAUCCGACAGUACGAGCAGGGAGAGCUCAACCAACAGACUGAGCAAAACAAGCGGCGAUUGGAGUUUGAAAAUCAGCUUGUUCGAUUGACCAAUCUCUUGGAAUACGAAAGAAGCAACGAUACUCUCAUUCAUGUCAACAAGUGGAAAGAUGUGAUUGCCAACGAAGAAGUCGAGCUUAAAAAUCUCCAGGAAAAAGAGACAGAGACAAAGGAGAAAAUCCAAAAAGCGGAGAAAGAUCUCCAAAAAUACCACGAAAAACGAGUCGAAGUGAAAGGCCGCCUCAAACUUCAAUCAAAAGCCACUGAAGAGGCAAAGAAAAACUCGGAUGGCGUCGAGAUCCGUCGCGACAAGAAAUUGGAUCAGCGACAUCAGAUUUAUGUCGACUGCCAUGUCAACUGCAUCAACUUGCCUCUCAGCAGUGGGGAAUUGAGCUGGGUCGUUGAUAAUGGAAUGGACUCGUCUGCUAUGGAUACGUCCCAACUAGGCUCUCAGCGCUACCAAACCGACAACUCGAUCACUGUUGACUUCACUUCUCUGGACGACGAAUACACCGACCUCCACAAAGACGAGGAAGAAGUCAAAAAGGACGAGAUGGCUGCCCUGGUGCGAGAACUGGCCGCAAAGGUGGAUAAAUGCAUCCCGCCGAAAAUGCGCAACGCUAAUCGACUCGACAAUGCCCGUGAAAAUUAUCAGUCCACGAAGAACGAGUUCGAAGAUAUCCGAAAACAAGCCAAGAUGGCGCAGCACCAAUUCGAGCAGUUCAAACAGCGCCGCCGAGGAACUCUGAUGGACUGUUUCAAUUUCGUCUCAGAGAAAAUCGACGAAACGUACAAAUUCAUCAGCCGAAAUCCGGGCGCGCAAGCGUAUCUUUCUGUCGAGAAUCCGGAUGAGCCGUAUUUGGACGGGAUCAGCUACAACUGCGUCGCCCCUGGCAAGCGCUUCAGACCAAUGGAUAAUCUUUCGGGUGGCGAAAAGACAAUCGCGGCGCUCGCGCUUAUUUUCGCAGUUCAUGCGUAUCGACCAUCGCCAUUCUUUGUCCUCGACGAGGUAGACGCCGCGCUUGACAAUACCAACAUCGGCAAAGUUGCGGAUUACAUCAAGGGUCGACGAGAAGACCUUCAGUGCAUCGUCAUUUCGCUCAAAGAAGAGUUCUACUCGAAGGCAGAUGCUCUCAUCGGCAUCUACGCAAAACAAGGCCGCACUGGAAUUCAAUCUCAGGUCAUGACUUUCGACCUGACUCAAUACGAAGACGACCAGUCCCAAGAAACCGAAUCCAACUCCGGCGGAUAA